AUGGAAGUUUUCUCCCUCAUCUUGGUCGUGUCCCUCUGUUGGACUCGAACCUGGAAACCGGUGAUUGCAGAUUCAAUCAUUCAUAUCGGGGCAAUUUUUGAUGAAUCUGCCAAAAAAGAUGAGGAAGUUUUUCGCAUGGCAGUUGCUGAUCUCAACCAGAAUGAUGAAAUCUUACAAACGGAGAAAAUCACAUGUUCUGUGACAUUUGUGGAUGGCAACAAUCCUUUUCAGGCAGUUCAAGAAGCCUGUGACCUGAUGAACCAAGGCAUCCUGGCCCUUGUCAGCUCCAUCGGCUGCACGUCAGCAGGAUCCCUGCAGUCUCUGGCAGAUGCCAUGCACAUCCCUCACCUCUUCAUCCAGCGCUCAACGGCAGGAACGCCAAGGAGCGGCUGCGGGCUCACCAGGAGCAACCGCAAUGAUGACUACACACUCUCUGUGCGGCCCCCUGUUUACUUAAAUGAUGUCAUAUUGAGGGUGGUAACAGAAUAUGCGUGGCAGAAAUUCAUUAUUUUUUAUGAUAAUGACUAUGAUAUCCGUGGAAUACAAGAGUUUCUGGACAAAGUAUCCCAACAGGGAAUGGAUGUGGCACUGCAGAAAGUAGAAAACAACAUCAAUAAAAUGAUCACGGGGCUCUUUGCCACUAUGCGAAUUGAAGAACUGAACCGCUACCGGGAUACUCUGAGACGGGCUAUUCUUAUAAUGAACCCCUCGACCGCCAAAUCCUUCAUAACGGAGGUCGUGGAGACUAAUUUGGUUGCUUUUGACUGUCACUGGAUCAUUAUAAAUGAGGAAAUAAAUGAUGUUGAUGUACAGGAGCUGGUGAGAAGGUCAAUUGGAAGGCUAACAAUCAUUCGACAGACAUUUCCAGUCCCCCAAAACAUAAGUCAGCGCUGUUUCCGUGGCAACCACAGAAUAUCUUCAUCACUGUGUGAUCCAAAGGACCCUUUCUCCCAAAGCAUGGAGAUUUCAAACUUGUAUAUAUAUGACACUGUUCUCCUGUUGGCAAAUGCCUUUCAUAAGAAGCUGGAGGACAGGAAAUGGCACAGCAUGGCCAGCCUCACCUGCAUCAGGAAGAACUCUAAACCCUGGCAAGGAGGGCGUUCGAUGUUGGAAACCAUCAAGAAGGGUGGAGUGAAUGGCCUGACUGGAGAGCUAGAAUUUGCAGAAAAUGGAGGGAAUCCCAAUGUGCAUUUUGAAAUCUUGGGGACAAAUUAUGGAGAAGAUCUUGGCAGAGGCAUCCGCAAGCUUGGCUGCUGGAAUCCCAUCACUGGUCUGAAUGGGUCACUAACAGACAGAAAGUUGGAGAAUAAUAUGAGAGGAGUGGUUCUUCGUGUGGUGACUGUGCUGGAAGAGCCCUUUGUCAUGGUGUCUGAAAAUGUUCUGGGAAAACCGAAGAAGUACCAGGGUUUCUCAAUAGAUGUGUUGGAAGCCUUGGCCACUUACCUCGGCUUUAAAUAUGAAAUUUAUGUUGCACCAGAUCACAAGUAUGGGACCCCUCAGGAUGAUGGUUCAUGGAAUGGACUGAUAGGAGAACUGGUAUUUAAGAGAGCUGAUAUAGGGAUCUCUGCCCUAACCAUCACCCCUGACAGGGAAAAUGUGGUGGACUUCACAACGCGUUACAUGGACUACUCAGUGGGCGUGCUGCUUCGAAAGGCGGAGAAGACAGUGGACAUGUUUGCCUGCCUGGCACCAUUUGACCUCUCUCUGUGGGCAUGCAUAGCUGGCACUGUGCUGUUAGUAGGGCUACUGGUCUACCUCUUGAACUGGCUUAACCCCCCACGCCUUCAGAUGGGAUCCAUGACCUCCACAACCCUCUACAACUCCAUGUGGUUUGUGUACGGAUCCUUCGUGCAACAAGGAGGAGAGGUUCCAUACACAACCCUGGCAACCCGACUGAUGAUGGGAGCUUGGUGGCUUUUUGCUUUGAUUGUCAUCUCCUCCUACACGGCAAACCUAGCAGCUUUCCUCACCAUCACACGCAUUGAGAACUCCAUCCAGUCUCUUCAGGAUCUCUCAAGGCAAACGGAUAUUCCUUAUGGCACUGUCUUGGACUCUGCAGUCUAUGAGCAUGUCCGAGUGAAAGGGAUGAAUCCUUUUGAGAGGGACAGCAUGUAUUCCCAAAUGUGGCGUAUGAUUAACAGAAGUAAUGGCUCAGAGAACAACGUCUUGGAGUCGACUGCAGGCAUUCAAAAGGUGAAAUAUGGGAACUACGCCUUUGUGUGGGACGCAGCAGUACUGGAGUACGUGGCCAUCAAUGACGCAGACUGCUCUUUUUACACGGUGGGGAACACUGUUGCAGACAGAGGAUAUGGGAUUGCACUGCAGCACGGCAGCCCUUACCGAGAUGUUUUCUCACAAAGGAUUUUGGAGCUGCAGCAGAAUGGUGACAUGGACAUACUGAAGCAUAAGUGGUGGCCGAAGAACGGUCAAUGCGAUCUUUACUCAUCUGUGGAUACCAAACAGAAAGGAGGUGCCCUGGACAUAAAAAGUUUUGCAGGUGUUUUCUGCAUCCUCGCUGCUGGGAUUGUGCUCUCCUGUUUCAUUGCAAUGUUGGAAACGUGGUGGAAUAAAAGGAAAGGCUCCCGGGUUCCAUCAAAAGAGGAUGACAAGGAGAUUGACCUAGAGCACCUCCACAGGCGAGUGAACAGCCUCUGCACAGAUGAUGACAGUCCCCAUAAACAGUUCUCCACCUCAUCGAUUGACUUGACCCCGCUGGACAUUGACACUUUACCCACACGUCAGGCACUGGAGCAAAUCAGUGACUUCAGAAACACUCACAUCACCACAACCACCUUCAUACCAGAACAGAUCCAGACUCUGAGCCGCACGCUGUCUGCUAAAGCUGCUUCAGGUUUCUCCUUUGGCAGCGUGCCCGAGCACCGAACUGGCCCUUUCAGGCACAGGGCACCCAAUGGUGGCUUUUUCAGAAGCCCCAUCAAAACAAUGUCAUCUAUCCCUUACCAACCGACUCCUACUUUGGGGCUGAACAUCGGUAGUGACCCAGACCGAGGCACCUCCAUCUAAGCAUCAGACCAAGUUUCUUCACUGUUUCUUUUUUUAGGACUCCCUUGCAAGGAGCAGCUGUAAUAUUGUGGGACUAACAUGGAUGUAACCUUUUUUGUUUUCCUUCUUUUUUGUUUUUGACUUAUUUGGGUUUUUUAAUAUAUAUUUGUUUGGGGU